GUUUGUCCGAUCCAAGCACCUAGGACCACUUUUAGCCUGGAGAUGACGUUCAACUUCCUCAGCGGUCAGAGUGUUGCGGUUGAGUAUCGAUGACGACACCGGUCCAGACGAGGAAGGAUUGCCGCUCGACGUACCGCUGCUUCGAGUCUAGAUUUGGAUCCAUGGUGGACGGACUCCUCCUGAAUCGUACACACGCUUCACCUUUCUAGACCGAGUCCCGCGAUAUUACGCACCUCGAGACUUGAUGAUGGCCACCACAGUUCUGCGGAAGACAGUCGUUCUAACGCCGAAUAUUUUGAAGUCGGUCCCUCGAAGCUGUCCCUCUUCAAUUCACGCAUCGGAGACAGCCAGCUACGCGCGCUUCUCCACGAACACUAUGGCAAAAACUAUCUAUGACUUUGUCGUGAAGAACAUUAAAGGCGAAGAUGUUUCGCUAAAAAAAUACGAAGGCGAUGUCUGCCUAAUCGUGAACGUCGCCUCGAAGUGCGGUCUGACCGGGCAAUACGCGGGCUUGCAGAAACUGUACGAUGAUUACAAAGCAGAGGGUUUCAAAGUCUUGGGUUUCCCUUGCAACCAAUUCGGUGGUCAGGAACCCGGUUCGGAGGAGGAAAUAAAAUCGUUCUGCUCCUUGAAAUACAACGUAACCUUCGACAUGUUCAAAAAGAUCGAUGUGAACGGAGAGAACGCUGCUCCUCUCUACAAGUUCUUGAAGAGUGAACAACACGGUUUCCUGACAGAUGACAUCAAAUGGAACUUCACGAAGUUCCUCGUGGAUCGGACAGGCAAACCUGUCAAACGCUACUCGCCACAGGACGCGCCUGCUUCGCUCGAAGCCGACAUCAAGACCUAUCUCGCCAGGGACUCUAAGCUCUGAAUCUGUGAAGCUUCGUCCGAGCUAGUAUAUAUUGUUUAUCUAGAUUGAUAACCCAUGUUGAUUGGAAAAAAAACGACUGAACGUUAUUUCAGUCAGUCGCAAGGACCCGCCUUAUCUAGCUUGA